AUGGGAAAAAAAGUAAGUGAUUCUUUUACAAAAGUUGAUUUUAAGACUUGGAAUAAAGGUAUAGAGAGGUUUAACGCACAUGUGGGUGAAGUGAAUAGUGUUCAUAAUCGGUGUUUGAAGAUGAUGCUGGAUUUAUCGAAUCAAGCACAAUCUAUUUUAACAUCUUUUGAUAAGCAAUCUGAGAAAACGAAAAGUGAGUAUCGGGUUCGCCUGAAUGCCUCAAUUGAUGUUGCAAGGUAUCUUUUGAAAGAAAGAAUGUCUUUUCGGGGUCACGAUGAACGUGAAACUUCUACCAGAAGAGGCAACUUCUUGGAUCUCUUAAAGUGGUAUGCAAAUAAGAAGAAUGAUGUAAAGAAAGUUGUGUUAGAAAAUGCUCCAAAAAAUGACAUUAUGAUUUGUCCAAAUAUACAAAAAGAUAUUGUGAGUUCUUGUGCGAAAGAAACAUUGAAAAUAAUUGUUGAAGACUUGAACGAGGAUUACUUUGGGAUAUUGGUUGAUGAGUCUAAGGAUGUCUCUCAUAAGGAACAAAUGGCGCUUAUUUUACGUUAUGUCAACAAAGAGGGUAAAGUUAUUGAGCGAUUCCUUAGCAUUGUUCAUGUUAAAGAUACAUAUGCAAAGUCAUUAAAAGAAGCAAUUUAUUCUUUGCCUUUGGAACAUUCAUUGAGUAAAUUUGAAAUACGGGGACAAGGUUAUGAUGGAGCUAGUAACAUGCAGGGAGAAAUUAAUGGUCUUAAAACUUUGAUUAUGAAUGAUACUCCUUCAGCAUAUUGCAUACAUUAUUUUGCUCAUCAAUUGCAAUUGACUCUUGUAGCUGUUGCAAAAAAACAUUAUGAGACCGAAUAA